AUGGUGCAGCAACUUUCGUUACUUGGUCAGAUUUCGGAGUCAAAAAUCAGGCGAUUGAUUCUGACGCUGUCUACUUUAACAGGUAACAUCCACUCAGAAAUGAAUCAACAUACAGUUAUAUUGAAGCCUAGGUAUCCUUUCACGCCUGAGAUCGUACCCGGAAAGGUAACCCAGAUUGAGAGUUAUCGUAUAAGGAUGAACAGAAUUUGGGAGUCGGGGUACCCGUUAGACAUCAGUGCAAGAGAUGAUAUCAAGGGUGACUCGAUCACGAAACAAAAGAAAGAAUUCUUGAAUGACUCUAUUUGGACAUUACAACUAUCUGAUAUUCCUGCAGGUGGGAACCAGCCUGUUCUUAUUCAAAACCUCUACGAAACAACUAUCUACGAAACAGAUGAUAUAAUUGGGUAUUUGGAUGAACUAGGAUACAUGCACGAAACUGAAUUUUGGAGUCAUGGCCGUAGAUUUUUCUAUGGUGACGUGAUUAUAGAGGUUUUAAGAUUAUUUAUCAUAGAUUCCCAAUCAAUCGAAGAAGUCGAAGAUGAAAGGGUCAAAUUGAAGUUAUUAGAUGACUCAGGAUCCUACUUAGUCAAGGCUUAUGUUAAUGUCGGUACUAUUAAUGAUGUUGAAAAUGUAACGUAUGGUAUUAAACAGUUGGAAAAAAUAAAACGAAUACUAGAAGAAGUCAUAGAGUUGCAUGUUCCUGAUAGAUUGGCAAUGGAUAGCCGCAUCAACUCAAGAAUUGCCAAUACUAACCGACAAAAUAUAUAG